UCUGUCAAAUGCCGGGUGAAAGCAUUGAGAAGAAAGCGAUCAAAACAAACUCGUAAAAGUUUUUCACAUCUGUUGUUUAAAAAUAGAAUUUUGAAAAUUCCUUCGGCGACGAUUUCUUCGAUUCUCUCACAUGCAAUUCAAUUGUUCUGAAAAGAUCGUGGGUGAUCGAGAAAAUUCGGGUCAAAAGAAAAUUUGUUUUCUGUGAAGAGUGGGGAAAAUCUAUAAAAGGUACAAUUGCAGCCAACACAUUUGAAUUAAACGGAAGGUGAAACCAUUGAAUAUUUAACGUAAUGACAAGUUCGAAUGCAACAGAUGACCAACAGCAAGGGGCGGAGGCUCUAACCUAUAAAGAUAAAGGUAAUCAGGCCUUUAAAGAUGGCAAAUACGAUGAAGCCAUCAAAUUGUACACACAGGCCAUAAAGAAGGGUGAAAAACAUAAGGAGUUGCCAAUAUUCUAUAAGAAUCGGGCUCAGGCCUAUUUGAAGGAGUCCAAAUGGGAGGAGGCCUUGGCUGAUUGUAAUGAAUCAUUGAAAUUGGCACCAAAAGAUCCGAAAGCCUUAUUCAGACGUGCUCAAGCCUAUGAAAGUUUAAAGAAGUAUCCCGAAGCCUAUAAAGAUGCCACAGAUUUGUUUAAGUCAGAUCCCGGCAAUCAGUCUGUGCAACCAAUGCUGAAACGCUUGCAUUUGAUUGUCCAGGAAAAAGCAGCCGAAAAUGCCAAGACUUCCAACAAAGUACAACAAAUGAUGGAAUUAGCCUUUGAAAUGGCAACACCCAUUGAUAAACGGCGUUCGGCGGUGAACAAUCUCUUAGUUUUAGCCAAAGAUGAAGUUGGUGCUGAUAUGCUAUACAAGGCUGGAUGUAUUCCGAAAAUUGCAUCAAUUACAAAGGUGGAAAAAGACGCCGAUAUUUAUGUCAAUUUUGUACGUGUGGUAGCCGAAUUGUGUGCAAAUUCAGUGGACCGCACCAAGGGUGUUCUAACCGAACUGGGUGUACCAUGGUUCAUGCGGGUGCUCGAUCACAAGCACGAAGAACGUGUUUCAGCUGCUCAAUAUUGUUUACAGACAAUUCUCAAUGCCCUCUCUGGCAUGGACAUCAAACCGGAUAGCAAACCCAACAAGGAAUUAGUUAAGGAGAAUCAAAAGGAAAUCGAUACCAUGUUGUCAUGCCUGUUGUAUAGUGUUACAGAUCGUACUAUUUCGGGACCUGCACGUGAUGCUGUUAUUGAAUUACUGACACGUAAUGUCCACUACACAGCUCUGGAAUGGGCUGAACGUUUGGUAGAACUCAGAGGUCUUUUCCGUUUGUUGGAUGUAUGCUCCGAGUUGGAGGAAUAUAAAUAUGAAAGUGCCAUGGACAUUACACCCUCUUCGCGUACUAUUGCAUCAGUCUGUUUGGCUCGCAUCUACGAGAAUAUGUAUCACGAUAUAGCCCGUGGCCGUUUUAUGGAGCAAAUUGAUGAGUACAUUAAAGACAAGCUAUUGGAUCCUGAUCUAGAGUCCAAGGUUAGAGUAACAGUUGCCAUUACUUCCCUGUUGUUGGGACCUUUGGAUGUGGGUAAUCAAAUUAUUGGCAGAGAAGGCAUUCUACAAAUGAUUCUGGCCAUGGCCACCACCGAUGAUGUUUUACAACAAAAAGUGGCCUGUGAAUGUAUCUAUGCCGCUGCCUCUAAGAAGGAUAAGGCAAAGGCCUUGUGUUCCGGUGGUGUGGAUAUUCUGAAGAAGCUGUAUCACUCCAAGGAUGAUGGUAUACGUGUUCGUGCCCUGGUGGGUCUUUGCAAAAUUGGUAGUUAUGGCGGUGAAGAUGCAGGCAUUCGUCCAUUUGCUGAUGGCGCCAAUCUAAAGUUGGCUGAAGCUUGUCGUCGUUUCCUCAUCAAACCCGGUAAAGAUAAGGAUAUUCGCCGUUGGGCUGCCGAUGGUUUGGCCUAUUUGACAUUGGAUGCUGAGGUCAAGGAGAAAUUGAUUGAAGAUAAGGCUGCAAUUCAUGCUCUUAUUGAUUUGGCCCGCACCGGAGAUCAGUCGUGUUUGUAUGGUGUGGUCACGACUUUUGUGAAUCUAUGCAAUGCCUAUGAGAAACAGGAAAUCUUACCGGAAAUGAUUGAAUUGGCCAAAUUUGCCAAGGUUCACAUACCCGAAGAACAUGAUUUGGAUGAUCAUGAUUUUGUACAAAAACGUAUUGCAGUCUUGGCCAAUGAAGGCAUUACCACAGCCCUGGUGGCUUUGUCCAAAACGGAAAGCAAUAAUUCACGUGAGCUGAUUGCACGCGUGCUCAAUGCCGUUUGCAGUCUGCAAGAAUUGCGUGGCAAAGUUGUUCAGGAUGGUGGCGUUAAGUGUCUGCUCAAAUUGGCUCUAGAGGGUACCGACAAAGGUAAACGUCAUGCUUCUCAAGCUCUUGCACGUAUUGGCAUUACCAUCAAUCCUGAAGUAGCCUUUGCCGGACAAAGAAGUUUGGAUGUCAUUCGACCUCUAUUGAAUUUAUUGCCACAGGAAUGCACAGCAUUGGAGAAUUUUGAAGCCCUGAUGGCCCUCACAAAUUUGGCAGCUAUGAAUGAAACUGUACGCUUGCGCAUACUUGAGGAACAAGGUCUGACGAAAAUCGAAUUCUAUCUAAUGGAAGAUCAUGAAUUGCUUACCCGAGCGGCGGCUCAGUGUCUCUGCAAUAUGGUGAUGUCCGAUGAGGCAAUCAAAAAGUUCGAAGGCGACAAUGAUCGUGUGAAAUUUUUGGCAUUACUUUGUGAACUGGAAGAUGAGGAAACAGUUAAGGCAUGUUCCGGUGCCCUGGCCAUAUUGAGUUCAAGUUCAAAGAAAUGUAUUAAAAAGAUCUUCGACAUAAAAAAUUGGCUUGAAAUUUUACAUGUUCUCAUCGCCAAUCCCAGUCCGGCCGUACAACAUCGUGGUGUUGCUCUCAUAUUGAAUAUGAUCAAUGCCGGCGAAGAUAUUGCCCGGGAGCUAUUGCAAACAGAUAUUAUGGAACUUUUGAGUGGUCUUUCGCAGUUACCUGAUGAAAGUCGUGCCAAAGCCAGAGAACUGGCGCUGGAGUGCCUGAAGGCUGCGGAAAGUUUUAAGCUCAUCGAAAAAGCAGAAUAAAUGCAAUUAAGAGAUUUUAGAAAUGCCGAAAAAAGUUAAAUACAUUUUCAUCAUAUUAUUUAUAUUUUUACAUACAUAAUUUGUGUUGUUUUUUAAUCAUCAGCAAUGUUUUUAAUUUAAUCAUUUUUUUAAUUCUUCAUUUAUAACAUCUGACAAUAAUUGUAUGUUUAUGUACUUAGAUUAGUGAAUUCUUUCACUGUAUUUCUUUUCUUUUUUUACGAAGAGUAAAAAAUAAAAAUAUUUUUAUAAAUGUUUUUUCAUAUAAAAA